AUGACAGCCAAAAUGCUAAAGUCGUCAAGUGCAAAUACGGCGGCACAUAAUGUCAAUCUUUCCGUGUUUCCUGACGGUUUGAAGACAUCCGGACAACAUCCCCCUGUCUACUCCCAAUUGCGUCCGUACAGCGCAUUUCCUAAGAUCCAAAGUGGGCCUACGGUCUGGAAGGCUGAAGAUUAUUGUGAAAAUCGAGAGCGCUGGACCCAUCAAUUUACCGAUGAAGAGAUUGAGGAACUGGAGAUUGUGACCGAUGAGUUCAUCAAAAAGGAUCUUCCUCUGACUGGAAUCUCUCAGUCAACCUUUCCACUCCCUCAACUUUCAAAGCGUUUCCAAGCACUGCGAAAAGACUUGUUAGAUGGGAAGGGGUUCUACCUGUUCAAGGGACUUCCUGUCCGUCAAUGGGAUUUGCGGAAAUGUCCGACUGCCUAUAUGGGUCUUGGGACAUACAUUGGAUAUUUCACGAACCAAAAUAGGCGUGGGCAUGUUCUGGGCCAUGUCAAGGAUUUAGGCGAGGACCCUACGAAGGCAGACCGCGUGCGCAUCUACCGGACCAAGGCCCGUACUUCCAUACUGAUGGCUCUGACAUCGCUGGCCUUCUCUGCGUUGCCAAAGCACUCUCUGGCGGUGAAUCUGAUAUUGUCUCUAACCCAUCAUAUUUUCAACAACCUCCAGGAGAAACACCCUGACGUGGUUGAAACACUGACCGAGCCGAAAUGGUACUUUGGCCGCAAGGGCAAGACCUCAGACAGACAAAAUACCUAG